AUGUACCAGGAGGAAAGUGGCUUGGUUAUCCAGGAGUGUUUCUCUCUGUCACAGCUGGAGUCUCCUGAGAGAGUGACAGAAGGAGAUUCAGUCCGUCUGACAUGUAAAAGCAGCUGUAAACUGACUGACACACCAACAUUCAUCUGGUACAAACACUCAGAGAUAUUGACUACAGGAACUAAUGGAGACAAACUCCUCCUCAAUCCAGUCAGAGGAGAAGAUGCAGGCAGAUAUAGAUGUGGUGUACUUGGACACACACUUGCAUCACCUGACGUCUAUCUCAAUGUCACCUAUCCUCCAAAGAAUGUCUCAGUGUCCAUCAAUGGAUCUGCUGUAAUAGUAAAGGGAGAUUCAGUGAGUCUGAUAUGCAGCAGUGACUCAAACCCUCCUGCUCUGAACUUCAGCUGGAUUAAAGAAGAAACAUUUAUAGGAUCUGGAAGAAUCUUCAGCAUCUCCAAGAUCAGCUCUGAUGACAAUGGAGAAUACAAGUGUAGAGCCAGAAAUGACCAUGGAGAGAAAUACUCUGAUCCUCUGACUUUAGAUGUCCAGUAUCCUCCCAGGAAUGUCUCAAUAUCCGUGAGAAGAUCUGCUGUAAUAAUGUCUGGAGAUUCAGUGACUCUGAGCUGCAGCAGCGACUCAAACCCUCCUGCACAAAUCAACUGGUUUAAAGGAACAAAGUAUGUAGGAUCUGGAAGAAUCUUCAACAUCUCCAAGAUCAGCUCUGAUGACAAUGGAGAAUACAAGUGUAGAGCCAAAAAUGACCAUGGAGUGAAAUACUCUGAUCCUGUGACUUUAGAUGUGCAGUACCCACCCAGGAACGUCUCAGUGUCCAUCCAUGGAUCUGCUGUAAUAAUGGCUGGAGAUUCCGUGACUCUGAGCUGCAUCAGCGACUCAAACCCUCCUGCAGAAAUCAGCUGGUUUAUAGGAGAAACAUCUGUAGGAUCUGGAAGAAUCUUCAACAUCUCCAAGAUCAGCUCUGAUGACAGUGGAGAAUACAAGUGUAGAGCCAGAAAUGAUCAUGGAGAGGAAUACUCUGAUCCUGUGACUUUAGAUGUCCAGUGUGAGUUUAUGAUGGUUCAGUAA